ACUCCCAAGUGCUCCGAGUGGUGGUACAGUGUGCUACGGUACUGUUUGUUUUGAUAUUAAUUCAGCUAGCGUCCACAUGUAAGCUUGGUUAUCAUCCUGUUAAGACAACUAAAGGACGGGGAAGCUGUCAUGUCCGAUCUGCUUAAGGACAAAUCUCAAAAAAGAGAGAAGAGGACAGGCAAAGUGCCGUCAGAGGGAAGCCAUGGAGUCAGAGGAAAGGAAACAACUGGCAGGACUAAGGACUCCGUAAGUAUUGUGUCAUCCUUGGAUGAACUAGGACACCAUGAUGACCACGCUCGGACGGCUGUAACAAUGGAGAACACCUACCAGAUGGGACCUUACAAACGCAUCCCUGUCUCCGCUGUCACAGACAUACUGAAGGAUGUACUUACCAGUUACCUCCAAGAGGAGAAAUAUGAAGUGGAGUGGUCUCAAAAAAUGACAAAAACAAUAUGUGAGGUGAUAAGAGCCCGUGUGAAGGACCUCAUGAUCCCCAGAUAUAAGAUAGUAGUCCUGGUCCACAUCGGCCAGCUCACCGGGCAGAGCAUGCAAAUCAGCAGCCGCUGUCUGUGGGAUUCAUCUAAUGACACCUUCGCCUCCUACUCUUUCAAGAACAGCUCUCUGUUUGGCGUGGCAACUGUCUAUGCUGUUUACUUUGAGUGAAUCAUAGGCAUUGCAUGCACACUGAUAAAU